AUGUCCAGCGAGGCUGACGUGCAAGGGGACGAAUCAAGAGAGAUCCCAACGUUACUAGAACCGGCAGGGUAUGGAUCAUCCUCCUGCGGUUACUGUUCACCUCCAGGAGAGAGGAGCUCAUCGUCGACCAGCAAAAGCUAUGGCAUGAUCGCACCUCAGAUGUCGCCUAGAGUCUAUCAACAGCUCAUCGACCGCGGCUGGAGACGUUCCGGCGACUACGUCUACCACCCGGAUAACGCGAACACAUGUUGUCCGCAACUGACAAUCCGGCUAGACGCCAUGGCGUUCAAACCCGAAAAAGAUCGAAAGCUGCGACAAAUCUUGAAUAGGUGGAAGAGGUUUGUGAUGGAAGGGAAUGAGAAGGAGAAGGAAACGGAAGAGAAGGUCGGGUUACCCAGGAGUACGGUUGGAGCGACCAGAGCUUUUGGAGGCGAAGAUGGCAAGAAGGGACGGGAAAAGAUCGAGAUUGAUGAGCCGAAAGAAGCAGAUCCAACCACAUCUGCGAGCGGGCCAACGGAGAAUAGUAGUCAGAAACGUAUCCGAGAAUACCCGGACCUCACAAGUGGUCCAACGAUAGAGGGUCGGAAACGUCAGAAAGGGAAUCAGAAGCCCAAUAACCAGAACAACAAGAACAAGAACAAGCCGUUCGACUUUCCCGAAGAGUUACAUGCACCAGAAUGGAUCAAUGGAGGACCAGCCGCAGCUCAUCAGUUCGAGAUCCGACUGGUCAAAGCGGAAGCCACGCCCGAGACAUUUGCACUGUACGACAAGUACCAACAAGCCGUCCAUGGGGAUAAACCGGGGAAGAAUACUAUGAGCAGUUUCAAGAGGUUCUUGUGCAAGAAUCCGUUAGGCUGGCAGAAGAUGAAAUAUCCGGAAGGUCAAGAUGUACCCGCCCACCUUCCUACUCACUACGGAGGAUAUCAUCAACUCUGGAUGGUGGAUGACAAACUGGUGGCCUUCUCCGUCAUCGACAUUCUUCCGGGAUGCGUAUCGAGCGUCUACUUUGUCUGGGAUCCGGAUUAUGCCUGGGCGAGUUUAGGAAAGCUUUCAGCCCUAAGAGAGGCAGCUCUGGCAAGGGAGAUGCAACAAGCGGGAAUAGAUGGCGCAGGAUGGCUAUACAUGGGCUUCUACAUCCAUUCUUGUCAAAAGAUGCGUUACAAGGGCGAAUACUCGCCUUCUCAAUUGCUCGAUCCUGGAACGAAUACAUGGCACGCUCUCGAAAACGUGAAAGGCUUGCUGGAUUCGCAUCCAACCGGCUAUCAUCCAUUCGACGGUAGCGUCAACGAAGCCUAUGUGAGUCGGAAUUCGUCAACGACCUCCUCCGUCGGGACAAAAGGGUCGGAUGCCUGGCCAAAACCUCCGCCGCCAGGUUUCCGAGAGCCCCAGACUGUCAGCAAGGAAACGUUGAGGAAUCUGGCCGUCUUUCUCGGAGACCAGCUCGUGCUCCUCAAGUCGCGGCGGUCGGAGAGGACAUGA